GGCUCCGGGCGGCGGCUUGUGGCCAGCCUGGCUGGCGGCUCGUUGCAAGGCGGGGGGCUUCCAGCGCCCCGCUUGUCGCCACCCGGUGCCCUGCGGCGUGGGAGGGAGGCGGUGUUCGCCGUGUCUCCAGCCCACGCCCUGCUUGGCGCGCGGACCAGUGCAGCGGAUUUCGGAGCCGCGCCCCGGCCAGAGCCCCCCUGGCCCGCCCGGAGCCGCCGCAGGUUCCUUCUCCGAACGUUGUGCUGGCGGCUCGCACCGGCUUCCCCCGGCGUGUGUGUGUGUUUGCCUGCGCCCUGCCUAGCCCAAUCCCAAGCCAGGCUGAUUAAACCGAAGGGACGCUAUUGCACCAGGGUGGGCGUGGGAGAAUAACCGGCGGCGUGUCGGUAGCAGGGUGGGUGUGGGUAUUUUGCACACGCUUGUUUUUGUUUAUCCCUGUCCUCUCGGCCCCGUCACGUGCUCUGUGUGUUGCAUUGUGUUGUCCGUGGGAGGGGGGAGCUGCCUGUGUCCGUGCUCAAUGUUGUGACUUCCUCCUUGCGCUGUAGCAGCAUUGGAAACACAGCUGAAGGCAGCCGAUUGCUGCUAGUUUCAAAUUGGCUGGGAAGGAACAAUACACACAAGCGCGCACACCCUGGAUUCCGGGUCUCUUCUCUUUGACAGGGGGGGAAGAUGAGCUCGGGGGACGUUGUUUGCACUGGAUGGCUCAUUAAAUCGCCCCCCGAGAAGAAGCUGAAGCGAUAUGCAUGGCGGAAACGCUGGUUUGUGCUCCGCAGGGGCCGCAUGAGUGGGAACCCGGACGUUCUGGAGUACUACAGAAACAACCAUUCCAAGAAACCCAUUCGGAUCAUAGACCUUAAUGAGUGUGAAGUGCUGAAGCAUUCAGGGCCCAACUUCAUCAAGAAAGAAUUUCAGAAUAACUUCGUCUUCAUCGUGAAAACUACCUACCGCUCCUUUUAUUUGGUGGCCAAAACGGAGGAGGAAAUGCAGUUAUGGGUUCACAACAUCAGCCAGAUCUGUAACUUCGGACACUUGGAAGAUGGCACAGAUUCUGUGGAGAGCCUGUCUCACACCACCUCAUCCCUCCAGCCCUCGCCAGCCGUCUCCACCCAUACCUCAAGGGUCGCAGACCCCUCCUCCUCUGUAGGCAGUGCCACCACGGACGCCUCUGCUUCCGAAGAGACCAGGAGUGAGUCGGAGUCAGUCUUCCUCCCCGAUUACCUCUUCCUAUCAAACUGCGAGACGGGCAAGUUCAAUCAUAUCAGAUGUGACAGCUGGUCAAAUUCCGACAGAUCCCUGGAGCAGGCCUCAUCAGAUGACGUUUUUGUUGAUGCCUUGCAGUCUCAACCCUCCCUUCACGUACAGCCAUCUGGCAACGGCGUGGUGCACCAGGAUGGGGGCCAGCCAGCGAAUCAUGGGAUUCUACCCAGAAGCAUAGACGUUAGCGGGCCGUACAGUGACGUCUCCUCCUCCUCUCCGCUCUCAGGGCCUCCUUUAACACCAACCUUUCAGAUUGAUAAAAGCCAAGCCGCACUGCCCUAUGGCGUAACUGAACUGGAUAUUUUGUCUAACACGCCACCACCCCGGCCACCCAAACCAACCCAUUUCUCAGACCGGAGCGGGGAGGAGCCAUCCAACGGGGCUCUUCAGAAUGGACACGGUGGGAUCUGCGGGGCUCAGAUUGCCUUGGUGCCAAGAAGAAUCUCCUUGUCCAGUUUGGAUAACGUGCGGCACUGGAAAGCCAACAUGGAAGGAAGCUCUCUCAGAAGUCGAGAUAAGAGGCUUAGUUUGAAUUUGCCAUGUCGAUUCACCCCACUCUACUCUUCAGCAUCGGACAAUACGGAGGACAGUUAUGUACCUAUGCACCCCAGCACCUCUCCGCCCAUCCCAGGAUCAGAUUGCUCACCCGAUGGCUACACUCCCAUGAGCCCAAGCUCAGCGACCUUUACCUUUCCUGUAGUCAACAAUGACAAACUCUCCAGUCCACUGCCGGAACUUCCCACAGACCUGGAACCACCUCCAGUGAAUCGAGAUCUCAAGCCCCGUAGGAAAUCACGACCCCCUCCGCUGGAUCUGAGAAACCUCUCCACCAUCCGGGAACACGCUACCUUGACCAGGAUGUGGACUGUGCCUUACAAUCGAACGAGCUUUAUCUCUCCAGAUAGAGACGGUAUUAAUUCAGCAAGAAUAUUUGCCAAUUCCGUUUCCGGAGAAGAGGAAGAAAGUUACAUUCAAAUGGAGCACAGCCAGGCAACAUCUCCAUGCAGUGGUGCUUUCCCAUGGUCAAGGAAGUCCAACCUUGAUUACUUAGCACUGGAUUUUAAUUCCGCUUCCCCAUCCCCUGUACAGAAGAAACCUUUUCUCUCGGAAGAGCAGAGAGUAGACUAUGUCCAGGUAGAUGAACAGAAGACUCAAGCCCUACAGAACACUAAACAGGAAUGGACAGAUGUGAGGCAAUCUAAAGUUUAAAGGAGGAAGGAUUGGGGUUUGGUUUUUUGCACUGGAACAACAUUGUUAACCAAACAGCUGUAACAGCAGAGUUCAAAGGCAGACAGAGUGUAAGAACCUGGUGGUCUCUACAGGAAUCACAUUUUUAAGGGAAAACCUUCAAGUUCAGCUGGAAAUAGUAUGUUGAAUGAGUGGUUUAUAGGAUUAUUAAAGUAACACAUUAAUCUUCUUUGCCACCCCUUGCAAGCAAGUUACAUGGUACAGUUUUAUGGCCUGAUUGCGGGAGCCACACAUUUAAUGGUAACAAAUGCCACUACAUGUUGCAUUUAUCUAUUUAACCCCGCCUUCUCCCUGUAUUAUGUAACUCCUUGUUGCUAAGGCUGUUUUUUGAUAUUCUACAAAUAUGCAGGUGCUAAGGCUGCUUAUAGCUUCUGGUAUCGGACAGGUGUUGGUGACUAAUCGACCAAGGGCUAAAAUACUGAAAUAAUAAAAAGCAGAACUUUUUAAUAUAUAUAUAUAGAGAGAGAGAGAGAGAGUGCUUAAGCAAACAGAGUUUUGGAGAAUAUUUUUCCCCCAGAUAUAAUGUCUGACUUUGAGUGACACUGUUAGAGACUAUAAAUAGGUCUUUGCACUGAUGGAACUGGAAUGCGUGGUAGUCAGCACCCCGACUGACGUUCAUCAUAUUGAAUUUCUUCUUUCUGUUGCGGUUCAUGUCAUCACCGUUUCCAUCCAAUUGCUCCCGAUGUUUUCGCUCUGGUGUGAGGACUUUCUUCAGCACAACACGGCAGCUCCUCUGACAGGAAGCUGCUGACACACAAUUCUUCGCUGGCCAAAAAAUAAAAAAAAGGAAGCUGUGCGUGAGCCUGUUUCUACAAGCCUUGGAAAGGUUGGCAAAAUAUCAAGCAUGUUUUUGUCUGAACUGCAAAAGAAGAAAUGCAAACAAAAUUCCUGAUAACGGUGAUCGACCUGAGCGUUUUGUUAGCCUCAUCCUAGCAAAAGAGGUAAUUAGGAAACACAGUCUUAGUCGGGCACUCAGGUAAUUAUGAGGGAAGGAGCAUUGUUAGGCGAGCAACUCUGCCUUGUAAAACAGCCACUUAAUACACUUCAGUGAUGUGAAGACCUGUAUUCAGGAAGCUUAUUUUCUUUAGUAUUUCUUAUGGGGACAAUCUCAGGAUCAGAUAAGUGUAUGUUUUAUAAUGUAUUUAACUUUAUUAGUUUGCUUAAAAUCCUUAUUUCAAGAUGUGCACAGGCAGUUCAAAUCAAGAAAGUGCAGCACCCUUCAGUUAUCUCAUUGGGUUCAGUCUUGAAGUCUUUACUUAUGCAAGAGAUCCCACUGGUUUUACUGGGACCACUCUUGUGAGCAAGGACCUCAGAAUCAGGAGCUUUAUGAAGGAUUUUCCUUCAUGCUGGAUCCAAACCCACAUUCCUCCUCCUCAUACCUGCUGAUAUCACACUAUGUUACUGUAAAUUAUUGACAUCCAAAAAAUGCUGAAUUACCAAACUGGGAUUAGAAAAAAUGUUGUUUAUGUCAAAGAAAUGACUCUGAUGUCCUUUCAAGCUUCUGUCAUAUGUUUCAUGCAUUUUGUAUUAUUGUCACGCAUUUGGGCCCAUAGGAAGGUUGAAAGCGAUGACUACCUGAUUCUCACUGUACCGCUAGUAGAGGGCAGCUUAGUUGAUGGAAACAUCAUUUUCUCCUACCUCAAGAUAGCUGAAGUGUUUGCAGUUCUUGCUGCUUCAUCAGAGCAAAACACAUUUGUGACUCUGCGAUGAAUGUUUGUUCAGUUUUGCUAGUGAGAAUGACAGGGUUUACCUGUGCAUUUAUUGACUCGGAGGCAAAUCACACACCCCAGUCUGCAGGCACCAAGUGUCAUGGAUUAGAGCUGACUGGAAAAUGGGGUGUUUCUGCCUUCUGCAGAAAAGGUUGACUUUUUGUCCAAAAAAAAAAAAAUUGGCUGAAAAAUGCCAAUUUUGGCCAGAAAGAUAUAGACAAAAGCUCAAUAUUUUCUGCAGAAAGCACGCAUCUAGUGAAAAUUUUAAUUUUGUUGAAAAACCAGUUUUCUGUUGAUAAACAGGUUAGAAAGAGGGAAAUCUUCAACCAGCUUUAUCCUGGAUGCAGUUUUGCUGCAUGAGAGACAGGAUUCAGGGAGCCUGCCUGUGCUCAGUGGUACAGAGCACACCUCUGUGGAGGCUGGCACGGAUCCGAAGUACCACACCUACAAAGAGGUUUGCCUUCCUGCCCAAAAGCAUUCCCUUUAUUUUGAGGAGGUAGGCCUGUGUCUAUUGGGCUAUGCCAGUGUUUCCCAAACUUGGGACACCGCUUGUUCAGGAAAAGCCCCUGGCGGGCCAGGCCGGUUUGUUUACCUGCUGUGUUUGCAGGUUCGGCCGAUCGCGGCUCCCACUGGCCGCGGUUUGCCGCUCCAGGCCAAUGGGGGCUGUGGGAAGCAGCGGCCGGUACGUCCCUCGGGAAACACUGGGCUAUGCAAAUGGUCAGUCGCUGAAUGUGCUUUGUGCAUACUGAAGUACUGACAAGGAAACACAAGACAAGGUGAGCUUUACAGCAAGAGAGCAGCACGCUUAGGAGCAGUGAGAGGUACAAAUCAAAGCAGGUGCUACCCUAGAAGUGGGGGAAUGAAAUUGCAUUACACUGCCUUGGUCCCCAAAUGCUUAGUGAUAGCGAGAUAGCUUCUCAGUCAUUUUAAAGUAAAACUUUAAUAAAAACCAUUCUGUGUUUUACUGGAAUAUGUUCUUCCAUGAUGUAAGAAAAAUACUCUGGAGCAGAAAAAUACAAAGUCAAAAGUUUUAAAGAAAAAUAGAAGGGGAUGUUUUCCCCCACUAUUCUUACUUCUUUGAAAUAUUUAAACUUUGGCAGAUGCACUGAAGGGUCACUGAGGAGUCUAGAAAGUGUCUUUUCUGUCAAUUUUCAGAGUAGCAGCCGUGUUAGUCUGCAUCUGAAAAAAGAACAGGAGUACUUGUGGCACCUUGGAGACUAACAAAUUUAUUAGAGCAUAAGCUUUCAUGGGCUACAGCCCACUUCAUCGGAUGCAUAGAAUGGAAUAUAUAGUAAGAAGAUAUAUAUAGAUAUAGAUACACACACAUACAGAGAAGGUGGAAGUUGCUAUACAAACUGUAAGAGGCUCAUUAAUUAAGAUGAGCUGUUAUCAGCAGGAGAAAAAAACUUCCAUCCCACCAUCAACUUCAGCCUAGACCAAUCCACACAAGCGGUCCAUUUCCUGGACUCUACUGUGCUAAUAAGCGAUGAUCACAUAAACACCACCCUAUACCGGAAACCUACUGACCGCUAUACUUACCUACAUGCCUCCAGCUUUCAUCCAGACCACACCACACGAUCCAUUGUCUACAGCCAAGCUCUAAGAUACAACUGCAUUUGCUCCAAUCCCUCAGACAGAGACAAACACCUACAAGAUCUCUAUCAAGCAUUCUUAAAACUACAAUACCCACCUGCUGAAGUGAAAAAACAGAUUGACAGAGCCAGAAAAGUACCCAGAAGUCACCUACUACAGGACAGGCCCAACAAAGAAAAUAACAGAACGCCACUAGCCGUCACCUUCAGCCCCCAACUAAAACCUCUCCAGCGCAUCAUCAAAGAUCUACAACCUACCCUGAAAAAUGAUCCCUCACUCUCACAGAUCUUGGGAAACAGACCAGUCCUCACUUACAGACAGCCCCCCAACCUGAAGCAAAUACUCUCCAUCAACCACACACCACACAACAAAAACACUAACCCAGGAACCUAUCCUUGCAAAAAAGCCCAAUGCAAACUCUGUCCACAUAUUUAUUCAAGUGACACCAUCAUAGGACCUAAUCACUCUCUUCUUUGGCUGAGGGUCAGUGAUGAGAGUGUUAAAGUAAAUACGGGCUCCUGCUUUCACUAAUCACAUUAGCCACACCAUGAGGGGCUCGUUCAUUGUGCCAGCAAUGCCCCUCUGCCAUGUACAUUGGCCGAACCUGACAGUCUCUACGCAAAAGAAUAAAUGGACACAAAUCUGACAUCAGGAAUCAUAACAUUCAAAAACCGGUAGGAGAACACUUCAACCUCUCUGGCCACUCAGUAAAAGACUUAAGGGUGGCAAUUUUGCAACAGAAAAGCUUCAGAAACAGACUCCAAUGAGAAACUGCUGAGCUUGAAUUAAUAUGCAGACUAGAUACCAUUAACUUGGGUUUGAAUAGAGACUGGGAGUAGCUGGGUCAUUACACAUAUUGAAUCUAUUUCCCCAUGUUAAGUAUCCUCACACCUUCUUGUCAACUUUCGAAAUGGGCCAUCUUGAUUAUCGCUACAAAAGUUUUUUUCUCCUGCUGAUAAUAGCUCAUCUUAAUUAAUUAGCCUCUUACAGUUUGUAUGGCAACUUCCACCUUCUCUGUAUGUGUAUAUAUACAGUAUCUUCUUACUAUAUGUUCCAUUCUGUGCAUCCGAUGAAGUGGGCUGAAGCCCACGAAAGCUUAUGCUCUAAUAAAUUUGUUAGUCUCUAAGGUGCCAGAAGCACUCCUGUUCUUUUUUCCAUCAAUGUUUCUGAGAGAUGGACCCCAACCAUAAACCUGGAUCUGAAUAUCCCUGAACGUGGGUCUAUAUCUAGUACCUCCUGCCUGCCACUGGCCCCACACCUGACCCUGCAAGGCCGUGCUGCUUUUAACCUUCACUUUUUAUCCAGAAACUAACUUUUCCCCCCAUGAUCCAGUGUAGCAAUCCAUUUCCCUCUGAUGUAUGUGGUAACUCUCAUCGGCAUUAACAUGUGGGUAUAAUGUGGGGAAAGCAACUGAGUUUGGGUUUUGGUGAAAGUUAAAAGCAAUGCUGACCGCACCUUGAUCACAAUGAAACGUGUUUUUGCAAACAACUGGGUGUUUCCUUCUUACUCAAACGGAGAGUUCCACAAUGUGACAAACUAGAGUAACAGCGUUAUUUUCCAGUACACUUGUGUAUUAACCUGCUGUUGUUCAAGGUUCCAAUCUGAAUACAGUUGCGCCCCCUUGUAGAUCAGCUAUUCCACCUGUUAGGUAGUUGUAAUUACUAUGGCAUUACAGUGUGUUAUUGUGCCAUCAGAACUCUUGGCAUCACUAUGACCUAACGGCAGGAGAAAAAGGUAUUACAGUGAAAGCAGGAGCCCGUAUUUACUUUAACACUCUCAUCACUGACCCUCAGCCAAAGAAGAGAGGGAAGCGAAAAGCACCUGGAAAUGGGUUUAGCUUUUAACAGUGACACAUCUGAAAACGUUACCUAGUCUGAGAAUCCUUCUUUAGUACUAGUUAUGGGAUCAGCCAAACCGCAGCUUACUGAAGCACAGAAUGCACCCUUCCUUGACUGGGGGCUAAUUCUUUAUUAUUUCGUUAUUUUUAUUUAUUUAUUUUAAAAAAAUUAAGAACACAGAUGAAGAGGGAGGUGUGGCCCCUCAGUGGGGCAAUCUAGCUAACAGCAGCUGGGGCUGUAGUUUCUUUUUAAAUUGUCUUUUGGGGGGAAUCUGCUGAAGGCAUGGUCCGGCACAUGUCCUUCAGCAGUGCCUUAUCCAACCACUUUUUUUUUUUUUAUUUAAGCCAGAGGGGAGCAUUAGACUUUUGUUUAAUUAUAAAUGUAGCUUGGUUCAAUAUAGCAUUCAGAUGAAGUUCAGUAGCAUGGCAAAGUGAAAAGUAAACAAGCAAAGUGGUUUUAGUCCAUGUGCUUCUCAUGAGAGAUCCACGUGGUUGGAAUGUUAUGUUGAUCAGUUGUAUUUUUCCAAGCAAUUGGACACAGCAGGUUUAUGAGCGAGAGCAUUAAUGUCUACUCAUCAGAAAAAGGAAAACUGUUUCCCCCAGUGUCUUCCUUUGCCUGAGAGUGCUAUCCCUUAACGAGGCAGGAUCCCUUCUAAUCAACCACACGGUGCUCUGAAGAAUCUGCCAUCCCAUUUGUAAAUCUUUGUUAGCGUGAGCUGAUCUGCCUUUGUGAAUAGCAGGCUGAUACAGGAUGGACCAUACAAUUCUAACUCCUUAAUUUGGGCCAAACCCCGCUGUUUUUACUCAGGCAGAACUUCUGCUGACCUCAGUAGAGACAGCAGAUUUGAACUAUUGUUUCUCAAUUUCUGUGAGUAUGUCCGCACUGCAGCUGGGAGGUGGGAUUCUUAGUGUGGGCAGACAGACUCACGCUAGCCCGCUAAAAUAGCAGUGUGAAAUUGACAGCGGCUCCGGCUAGCCAUCUGAACUCAGAACCCUGGGGCAAAUGGGCUUGGACUUGGGCAGCUAGCCCCAGCUGCUGCCCAUGCCGCAACAUCCACGCUGCUAUUUUUAGCAUGCUGGCUCAAGCUGAGCUAGCACAGGUCUGUCUGCCUUUGCUGGGAAUCACACCUCCCAGCUGCAGCAUAGACAUCCCUUGUAUGCUACAAUACAGUACGGUGCUCAUUCAACAAAGCACUUGAGCCCCAGCUUAAUCACAUGCUUAAGGCCUUUGCUGAGCAGGGAGGGAUUUAAGUGCUUGCUUAAAAUUAAGCACAUGCUCAGAUUCUUUCCUGUGUGGGGCUUAAGCCAUAUUCUGCAGUCUAUAUGAUUUGAGCAAGGAUUUGCAGGACCCCAGGACCCUUUUGCUCAGAAGGAUAAAAUAUAUUUUUCACUUAUUUCUAAGGCCACCAUCACAUGCAGCAGCAUUAAUUACAUUAGAGGCAGAAAUGAUUGCAUUAUAACUGAAAAAUCUCAACAUGUUUCUAACUCAAGACCAGUGUUUUCAAUCAGUUCACUUCAGCCAGGGGUAGAGCUCCUUCUUUUCACUGUUGCUAGUGCUGUAAUAGAUGUGGGUUUGGGGACUGCAUUCAUUUUAAAUAAUUCAGUGGCUUAGGAAUUAAAAGACCAUCAGAUGCUGUGAUCAGAAUGAAGUGCAGGGCAAUGCCUUUUCUUUGUUCCCCUGUUCUGCAGAAUUCCUCAGGUUAAAAAAAAAAAAAGUCACCAAAAUAACAGACUUUUUUCAAUUUCAAAGCCAGGGUAUUUGUUGUUCAAAUAAAAAUAAAUAAAUAAAUGAAGUCUUGUGCAAACAAAGCAUUACACUUUGUAUAUGUAAAUCUUUGGGAAAGCAUUAAAACAGUCAUCUCUGGUAUGAAGGAUUAAAAGUCAUUAAACAGAGGAGAGCGACUCUGUCUUCCUGCUGUUUCAUUGUGAUGUUUGUUGUAUAUAUUUGCACAUUAAACUGUGUUCCUUUUUUUCUAAUAAACUAAGAUAAAAUUUAA